AUGCCAUCCUAUGAAACUAUCUAUGACACCAGCCGCGUCCUCGGGACCAUCACAGCUGGAAUUUUCACUGGUCUAGCAGCCUCCGCACCACUCUAUACGCUCCCAUCUCUCCUCAACCGUACGCCCUAUGACCGCGCACGCCCCGCAUCGGACCUCGAGAAAUUUGAAGAUGUGAACAAGGCAGCGGCAAGCAGCUUGAACCUCGCUGGAAUCUCCGGCGCCGCGUUCCUAGUCGCCGCAUACGCAGCUCCAAAGGAAGUUGCAUAUAACCCCAAGUUCUUGGGGAGAGGAGCAAGCGAGAUUGGGACAAGGUUCCCAAGCGACCGAUUGUUCUCAAGGCUUACCACCUCCCGUGGGCUACUAUUGUAUGCUGGAGCCGGGUUGAUUCUCUUGAUUCCGUUUUCAACUUUGAUUGUUGGGCCGAUCGCAAAAUCGACUAUCAACAUGAGGACCAAGCUCCAGGCCGAACAGAUCGCUGGUACCGGAGCUGGAGUUCCCAACAAGGGUCAGGACGAGUUCAAUAAGCAAUUGAAAAAGUGGAGUAUUGCCACCGAGGUUGUUGCCCUUUUAGGACUUGUUGCAACUGUUUCCGGAAGUCUUCAGCUUGUCGGAGUUGGACUAUGA